AUGAAGACCACGUGGAAGGAUAUUGCGCCAGUUCCCACACACCAGGAGUUCCUGGAUAUUGUCCUGAGUCGGACUCAGAGACAGUUGCCCACACAGAUUCGUGCUGGUUUCAAGAUCAGCCGUAUCAGAGGUUUCUACACCCGAAAGGUCAAGUAUACCCAGGAGACUUUCUGUGAGAAGUUCCAGGCUAUUCUCGAUGGAUUCCCUCGUCUGCAGGAUAUCCAUCCUUUCCACAAGGAUUUGAUGAACACUCUCUACGAUGCCGACCACUUCCGUAUCGCUCUCGGCCAGGUUUCCACCGCCAAGCACCUGAUUGAAACCGUUUCUCGCGAUUACGUCCGUCUUAUCAAGUAUGCGCAGUCUCUGUUCCAGUGCAAGCAGCUCAAGCGCGCUGCGCUCGGUCGUAUGGCCACCAUUUGUCGUCGUCUCAAGGACCCCCUCGUCUACCUGGAGCAGGUCCGCCAGCACUUGGGUCGUCUGCCCUCCAUCGACCCCAACACUCGUACUCUCCUGAUUUGUGGAUACCCCAACGUUGGAAAGUCGAGCUUCCUGCGUAACAUCACCCGCGCAGAUGUCGAUGUUCAGCCCUAUGCUUUCACCACCAAGAGUCUGUUUGUUGGUCACUUCGAUUACAAGUACCUCCGUUUUCAAGCCAUUGAUACCCCCGGAAUUCUGGACCACCCCCUUGAGGAGAUGAACACCAUUGAAAUGCAAUCCAUCACCGCUGUUGCCCAUUUGCGUUCCGCUAUUCUCUACUUCAUGGAUCUUUCCGAGCAGUGUGGUUACUCCGUCGGUGACCAGAUCAAGCUCUUCCACAGCAUCAAGCCUCUUUUCGCCAACAAGAUUGUGUACAUUGUUAUCAACAAGAUCGAUGUGCGCCGUCCCGAGGACCUGGAGCCUGAGUACCAGGAGCAGCUCCAGGAGAUCCUCAAGGCUGAGGAUGUCGAGAUGCUGCAGGCUUCUUGCACUACCACCGAGGGUGUGACCGCUGUCAAGAACGCCGCCUGUGACAAGCUCCUCGCUGAGCGUGUUGCACAGAAGCUCAAGUCUGGCUCUACCAGCGCCACCCCCGGUGGCCGUCUCGGUGACGUUCUGUCCCGUAUUCACGUUGCCCAGCCCAUGGGUGGUGUCCGUGAAUCCUUCAUCCCAGAUGCCGUCAAGGAUCUCAAGAAGUACGACAAGAACGAUCCCAACCGCCGGAGACUGGAGCGCGACCUCGAGGAGGAGAACGGUGGUGCUGGUGUCUACAGCUUCGACAUGCAGCGCGACUACACCUUGGCCGACAAGGAGUGGAACCACGACAAGAUUCCCGAGGUGUGGAACGGCAAGAACAUUUACGAUUUCGUGGACCCCGAUAUCGAGACCAAGCUCGCUGCCCUCGAGGACGAAGAAGAGAAGCUCGAAGCCGAUGGUUACUACGAGUCGGACGAGAGCGUGGAAGACGCCGAAGACGCCGACAACCGCAUGAAGGCCGAUCUGAUCCGCGAGAAGCGCGUGCUCCUCCGCAACGAAGCCAAGAACCGCAAGUCGCUCAAGAACCGCGCCCAAAUCCCCCGCAGCGCCAAGGCCAAGAAGCUCUCCCAGAUGGAGAAGGGUCUCGACUCGGCCGGCUACGAUGUCGAUGCCGCCAGCUCCCGCGCCCGCAACCAGAGCCAGGCCCCCCGUGGCCGCACCUCUACCCGCGAGGCCAACGACGACGACGCCAUGGACGUUGACAGCCCUCACCAAGCCCUUGCCCGCGCCAAGAGCCGCGCUCGCAGCACACCUGCCACCAACCGUCGUCUCGAUGGUGUUACUACAUUCGGUAAUCGUGACAAGGCUGAGCGUCUGGCCAAGCUGGGCCAGAAGAAGAUGAACCGCAUGGCCCGUGCCGGUGAGGCCGAUCGUCACACAACCGCCUCUCUCGCCAAGCACUUGUUCUCCGGAAAGCGUGGUAUGGGCAAGACGGACCGUCGUUAA